CCCAUUGACACGUGACUUUCUGAUUCCCACUUAGAAAGAAAAUAAUCGAUACAGCUGCUUCCCACUCCUCAACGCAACAAACUCUCUCCCUCACUCACUCUCUCACUCCCUCUAUCCCCUAAACCCCCGCCGCUGCUUCUCCUCCGCCGUCGCCGCUCUCUCCUCUGAAAAAAGUUAUGAAACCACCGCCAUUUCCACCAUGCCCUUAACCAACCCAACCCCAAGCCGCUCCGGCCGCCUCAUCAUCUCCUCCUUCCUCUUCCUCCUCCUCCUCUUCUCUCCGGCCACCGCCGCACCGGAACCCGACGCCGUCUCCCUCCUCUCCUUCAAGUCCAAAGCCGACUUGGACAACAAGCUCCUCUACACCAUCAACGAGCGCUUCGACUACUGCCAAUGGCAGGGAGUGAAAUGCGCUCAGGGCAGAGUCGUCCGUUUCGUCCUCCAAGGGUUCGGCCUCCGCGGCACCUUCCCUUCCGCCACGCUGAGUCGACUCGACCAGCUCCGAGUCCUCAGCCUCCACGACAACUCGCUCUCCGGCCCAAUCCCUGACCUCUCCCCGCUCGUCAAUUUGAAGUCUCUCUUCCUCAGCGGGAAUUCCUUCUCGGGGAAUUUCCCUCCUUCCAUUCUCCUCCUCCACCGCCUCACUGUCCUCGAUCUCUCCCGCAACAGCCUGACCGGUACGGUCCCGGUCGGAUUGUCCGGGUUGGACCGGCUCAACUCCCUCCGCCUGGAGUGGAAUCGCUUCACCGGAACCGUCCCGCCCCUCAACCAGUCGUUCCUCGUGAGCUUCAACAUCUCCGGGAACAAUCUCACCGGCCAGAUACCCUUCACCCCGACGCUCUCCCGCUUCGAUACGACGGCGUUUCUGCUCAACGCGCCGGAUCUCUGCGGCGAGGUUAUCAAUAAGGCUUGCCCUUCCAACCGCCCUCCCUUCUUCGAGCCGUCGUCGCAGGGGAACGCCACCUCUCCGGCGGUGGCUUCUUCUUCUGCCCCGCUCAACCAGAGCGCGGAAGCGCAGUCCGGAACCGCGGUCUUGGCGCCUCCGGCGCGGAAACGUCGGAAGGUAACCGCCGUUUUAGCGUUGGCCGCCGGCGCCUCCCUGCUCGCAAUUGCUGUCAUGUGCGUCUUUCUGGUCCAAGCCAAGAGGAGGCGCGGGAACCAGAGCGAGCACGCAGCCGCGGAAGCCAAGCCUCCACCUCCUCCGACGAAUUUCUCCGGCUCCGGGCAGCAGGCAACUACUGGAGGGAAGUCCUCGGAGAAGAGCGGAACCGCCACGGCGGCGGCCGCGGCGAUUGUGAGUUCGGAAUCGAGAGUAGGGUUUGGAGGGAACCAUCGGAGCGGGAAUCUGGUGUUCUGCGGGGGAAGAGAGAAUCAACAUUCCCAGCAGCAAGGGUAUAAUCUGGAGCAGCUGAUGAAAGCAUCGGCGGAGCUGCUGGGAAGGGGAAGCGUGGGGACAACGUACAAGGCGGUGCUGGACAACCAGCUGAUUCUGACGGUGAAGCGUCUGGAUGCUAACAAGACGGCCAUCACCGGCAGCGAGGCGUUUGAGAAGCAUAUGGAGAUCGUGGGUGGGCUGCGGCAUCCGAAUCUGGUUCGAAUCAUGGCUUACUUCCAGGCAAAGGGUGAAAGGCUGGUGAUUUACUCUUACCAGCCCAAUGGCAGUCUCUUCAAUCUCAUUCAUGGUUCCAGAUCAACGAGAGCAAAGCCGCUUCACUGGACAUCCUGCUUAAAAAUAGCAGAAGAUGUGGCUCAAGGUCUAGCCUACAUCCACCAAACCACGCAGCUAGUCCAUGGCAACUUGAAAUCCUCCAACGUCCUCCUCGGACACGACUUCGAGGCCUGCAUUACGGACUACUGCCUCGCAGCCCUCGCGGACACCACUUCUUCCGCCGAUGACCCUAACUCGGCAGCGUGUAGAGCUCCGGAGACCCGCAAGUCGUCCUCAAGCAGGCGGGUCACGGCCAAGUCCGAUGUUUAUGCAUUCGGGGUGUUGUUAUUGGAGCUCCUGACCGGGAAAUUACCGUCUCAGCAUCCGUACCUUAUGCCUGCGGAUUUGCUGGACUGGGUCCGGGCGAUGAGGGAUGAGUGCGAUGGCCGGGAAGAUAACCAGCUGGGGAUGCUGACCGAGGUUGCGAGCCUGUGCAGCUUGACCUCUCCAGAGCAGAGGCCGGCAAUGUGGCAGGUGCUGAAGAUGAUCCAGGAGAUUAAAGACAGCGUUGUGGUGGAGGAGAGUGUGAGUAUUGGGUAUGUAUAGAGGAAAGGAAGAAAAGAAAAGGGCAGGAGAAUGGCAGUGCAGGCAGGGAUGGUGGAAUGAGAGCAAGAGACAUAGUUGAAUUGGGAUCCAUUGCUGAUGGAUGGAAAGAAUAUGGUUGUUGGGAGAAAUGGAACGUUAUUACAUGGCGUGUUGUCUUUCUUUGCCUUCCCCUGCUUCUGGUUGGGAGGGAGCUCGAUUUUUGCUGUAAAGGCUUUGUUGUAUCAUUCCUCUGGAUUUUGGACUCACUGUGCUAAUUGAUUUAGGCUUGCUUUUUCCUCCUUAUAGAAGAAAUUUGCUUGCUGCUAAUUCCUCUCUUUUUUUCUGGUAACAGAGAACCUUCAUCUGUAGUUGACAUUUUGGUGACACAGUCUGUAGGCAGGCCAAACUCCCCGGCUGAACCUACACAGUCGUCAGUUUGCAGUUGCUCGGGGAGGGGGUGAAUAGAGGUAGUUCAUGCAUCCAUGGCCAUCCUGCAAGCAGGGCAAAGGCCUUCACCACUCAAGACCCCCGCUGGGGAUCAAACACACGAUCUCUCGUGUCGUGUAUCGAACUACCAGUUGAUGUGUCUAAAGUCUAAACUGGAGAUAGAAAUAAUUGUAUGAUCAUGGAAUAUGAUACAAUAAGUCUAAACUGAAGGGAUAAUUUGCUUGUAGUGGUGGUAUCCUCAUG